AUGCCAUCCGCAACCAGCAAUGACGAGUGGGACCUCCCACGCGUGAAGGCCUCCAUCGGUUUCGAGGAUGAUUCCCAGAGCUUGGCAUCAGAUGACCAAGACACAGAAUUCUUUGACGUGAAAUUCUAUCCAUACGGGGACGUCACACACGAUCCAGUUUUUGCCGCAGUUAGCAAGAAGCAUGUCGUAAUAUAUCGACUCUCCAGCAAGAUUGUACCUCCUUACGAGCUUGUUCAGCUCUUUAGGGACGAUGAUAAAGAUGCAUUAAACUGUAGUUGCACUUGGACUAAGGACCCCGAAACCGAAGUACCGUAUCUAUGUGUAGCUGGUAGAGACGCCAAAAUCAAGGUCUACGAUGUUGUUCAAGGUAAACUAGUAAAGGUCCUCGUAGGCCAUGGAGGAGAAAUCAAUGACCUUGCCACAUGCCCAACAAAUUUCCUCUUGAUUGCAUCCGCAUCAGAAGAUACUACCGUUCGAGUAUGGAGUCUCGAUCCUGCGCACUCUAAGCAACCAUGUGUUUGCCUGCUUGCUGGCGAAGGUCACUCAUCAGGGCUGUUGACAGUAGCAUUUCACAAUAGUGGCCGUUAUGUUCUAUCCGCCGGGCAUGACAAUGUUAUCUGUCUGUGGACGCUCCCUGACUUGCCUCCUAAACCCAGUGGCAAAACCCCUUCGAAGCCAAUAGUAAUACAUUACCCUCAUUUCUUCACUUCGGAGGUGCACAGCGGCAUUGUAGACUGUGUGGCUUUUUUUGGUGACCUCAUUCUCUCACGAGCCUGUCACGAGGAUAUAAUUGUACUAUGGCGAAUUGAGGGAUUCUCAUCACACGACCCUCCCCCUGAAAUUUCCGAGGCGCCUACUACGAGUGAUACAGAACGCCUAACCCGCUCUGCCUUUUCCCCUGCGACAGCUUCAGCGUGUCCACCGCAGUAUACUCGCUUAUUAGAGUUUUGGACACCGCAUUGUGGUCACCAAUUCUACCUUCGCUUCAAGCUCUUCCACGACAAAGACAAGCAUCCGGUCCUAGCAUUUGGCAAUGCAAAGGCCAUGAUUUUCUUCUGGGAUCUAGCACGCCUGGGAAGUUAUCACGACUUCAUCAGUGAAGUUCGAGAUCCCACUCGCGAUAAGACUCAGCCAAUCCAACGUCCGGGGUGGUUAGCGCCCAUUCAGCAUAGACACAAGGGCGAUGCCGUUAGUAAGCUUAGGGAUGCCGCUAGCGACAGAGAGUCGGUCGCGUCAGGACGCACUGGUAGCGUAGACGUCGAAACGCACCUUGAUGUUAAUACAAACUAUUCUCAAGAGACGUUGGAGCAGUGGGAAUUAAAGUACGACAUGACACGUGUCGAGGAACCCAUCAGAGCACACUCGCAGAGCAACGUUACUGUUAAGGACUUCGUUGGACGCCAGGUUGCUUGGAGCACCGGCGGCGAGUGGUGUGUUGUUGUCGGUAGCAAGAAUCUGGCCAUCAUCCUGGAGCGAUGGCAUAAGAAAGACAGGACAGAAGAUAAAGAAAAGAAGCCGAGCCAAGAACGACCAAAUUAA